AUGAAUGGGCCGUCAUCGUCUCAGAUUCUCGAACCUCCCCAACAACAACCAUCGUCUGAUGCUCCCUUGUCGCCUCGCACUGCUUUGUCGCCGCCAUUGCCUCCCCCCCGCGUUUUUGCUCCUGCUGUCUCGCAACAAGGCAUUGCGCAAAAUGUAGCCGCAGCCACUUUGCAUUCGUCUCAGCCAUGUGUCGUCGUUGACGAGCCAUUUCACAGACGGCAUCCUACCUUGACCUCUGCUCCAACAUCAGUCCCUGCCGCUGCCGCUGCCCCCACCGCUGCCCCGUCCCGCCAGAGCCACGGGGCCAGCAACGUUUACGCAUGUCGGAAUUGCGGGCGUUCGUACUCUCGACCGGAGCACUUGGUGAGGCAUGUUCAAAACCAUACGCUUGGACGCCGCUUCAGCUGCGAAAUCUGCCACAAGUAUUUUGCGCGCAAAGAUCUUCUUCGUCGUCACGUUGCCAAUCAUGACAACGACUCUCCGUCAAAGAGGCGACGUGUGACUUCGUCCCCAGGUGCUGGCCGCGUCUCUCAAGCCUGUCGACCAUGUGCUACCGCUCGCGUCAAAUGUGAUGACUCGAAGCCGUGCAAACGCUGCGUCCGUCGCGAACUAACCUGUGUAUACCCGGAAGUCGUGUCAUCUUCCAGCCUUCACCAUGCUCCCACAUCCUCCAACGUGCAGGCGACGACGUCGCAUCGUGAUAUUCACCCCUACUUGGAACUUUGCAAGACUGAACCCGGCCAGUCUUCGUCACCCGCCUCGCACAGAAGCUCGGCACCUGUACCAAGCGGCAAUGCGUCUGGCCCCGAUGGUUACACUUCCACAAGCACGCCGUACUCGCAAACGGGCUCGGUCAGACCGGGGGAAAGUCAGCUUCUUACCCCAGAAACAGUUUUCGAUCAGCAAGCAAACGAUGCAGCGCCUCAUCCAUCUCCCUUUGAGCCCCCUAUUGCAAUUGCCAACUCCCUCCCAGACGUAUUAUACAGGCAACCCGUUGACCAGAGCAAGGUGGCGGCUCUUGAGGACACGCCCGUUCUCGGCUUCUGGGACAACAAUUCCAACCUCGAUGUGAGUGACUUGGGCUUCGGAGUUUGGAACUACUGGGACUUGGGCGGUGCAACAGAAGGAACAAUUCCCCCGCAGGCUUGCAUAGAUCUUCAGGAAAGCUCCGUGGACAUGAACCAGAUGCGAAAGAGCCUGGUCAAGGUUUGGACAGAGUCACCGUGGCGUUGGGACCCGACAUGCAAUGACAGCGCCUACCAAGACCAAAGUCACUUUGCUGUCCCGCCGAAUGAGACGACGAGCGCCCAGUUUCAGAACAGCCGGGAUCGGCUGGAAAGGGUCGUUUCCGAAAAGCUGGAGCAGCCCAGCCGGGAUCGUGUGCUUGCAAUUCUGCUGUCACAAUGCCGCGAGACAGCGACGGCUAAUCAGGUCAGCUCGUCCUUUCCCACGGUGGAUGUUUUGGACACGUUGGUGCACAUAUUCCUCGCUGCACAAGCUUGCCAGGUCGACUCCUGGCUACACUUGCCCACGCUGAAGCUCGAGAAACAAUGUCCUCACUGGAUCGCCAUGGCCGCGGCUCACGGCGGUGCCAUGACCCCCAUCCCUACGCUGAGAAGAUUUGGCAUGGCGGUAAUGGAAGCUGUCCAGAUUACUAUCCGAAGCCGAUUUGAGGAGAACAAUUCUGCCAUUCGAAAUUUCGGCCUGAUGCAGUCAUUAAUCCUGUUGCAAGAUCUUGGACUUUGGAGCGGGAACCGCCGCAGGAUGGAGAUUGCCGAGUCUCAUCUCGUGAUUCCCGUCACAAUGAUGAGAUAUCGAGGCAGGUUCCAAAGAGCCAAGUAUCCUAUGAUAUGUGUUGCACCCUCGGACGAGACGGAGGCACUAGAGGAGAAGUGGAAGUCUUGGAUUGAACAAGAGCAAUGGAAAAGGCUGGUAUUCCAUUGCUACCUACGCGAAGCGCAGACGUCAAUGACGACGCUGACAAACCCUUGCCUCUCGUAUUCGGAGCUGAGAUUGCCUCUUCCUGAAGCUCGGGAGCUGUGGAUGGCAAAGACUGCACAAGAAUGGAAGACGAGGUAUCUCGAGAGGAAUGCUGGCCAGGCCAAGGGGCCUCCGUCGGUAGGCGACUUGUUUCACGACGUUCAUCUGCUGACAGCGAAUCACUCUCGGUUGGACGCGCAGUUUUCCAUAUCCAUACUUUUGCACGGUUUUUGGGCCUUGAUUUGGGAAUACCGCCAACUCAGCUCUUUGCACAAGUCGCGGUCGUACGCCAACAGCCUCGGGGGAAACCCAGAUCUGCUGCUGAGCCAGCGACACGCGGAGCUGGUCAAGGAUCUGCAGAGUCUUCAUCUCAUCGCGGCUGGGUGGCAGGACAUGUCUGCUAGGGAGCACCUGCUUCUCCACCUGCUCAUGAUGAACCUGCACGUGUCGAUUGACGACGUGCAGCUGUUCCUGGGCAAGGAGGGCGAGGAUGAAGCGCGCGGGGUUUAUCCCAGCCUCCAGCAGUGGGUGUCGUCGACCGAGGCGCGGUCGGCGGUCUGGUGCGCAUCCCAGGUGCUCCGCUACGCCAAGCUGUUCCCGGCGGGCCACCUGAAGGACUUUUACGCCGUGGCGGUGCACCACGCCUCGGUAACGCUGUGGGUUUACGGCGUGGUGACGAGGGCGAACCGCCAGCGGUACGUGUCGACGCAGCGCACGGCGGAGCCCGUCUACAUGGACAGCGCGGACUCGAUUGCGAUCCAGCGCUUCAUCGGACUCGAGCACGGUCGGCCGGUCAUCAGGGGCCCUGCCACCGCUGCCACCGCUUCCACCGCUGCUGCCGGAGGGGGGGCGCAAGAGGCGUCCCUGCACGACCCGCGGGCGUGCAUGGAGACGUCUCAGGACAUCCUGCGCGCCAACUACCCGCCGGCCCUGGAGGGCCUGCCGCCUAUUGUCGAGAACCUGGUCCAGCUGAUUAAGAAGCUGGGACAUGCCGCGUGGGCAGUCGGCCUGGGUUGA